AUGAGCAACACCGUCUCUUUCAAAGUCGUUUCUGAAGACUCUCUGGCUCGUCGCUUUUCCCUCACCUACACCACCGUCGCCGAGCUUUUCGACGCCCUCAAGGAGAAGCUGACCAGCUUGAGCGUGACGUCGACCGCGUGGAUCGACGAAGAUGACGACGCCGUUGAGCUGAAGGACGUCGACGAUCUCCAAGAAGCUCUGAAAACUCUCUUCUGGCCGCACUAUUCGUCUUUUCAACGAAGGAGAGCAGCAGAAUCAAGAAGGAGUAGCCGUCGUCCGUCGACGUCGGAAUUCUUCGUCUUCAUCUUCCUCCUCCUCUUCAUCCUCGUCAUCAUCAUCCGAAUCGGAGAAGGAUAA